GAUGCGGGAGGCGCUGAGGCUGCUGCUGCUGCUGCUUCCUGGACGGGGCGUGUGAGGAGCGGCGGCGGCGGCGGAGGGCGCGUCGAGGCCGGGUCGAUGGACAUGGCUGCGCCGCGGGGGCCUCCCGGUGGGGUGGGCGGCGUGGCCGGUCCUCCGCCCGGCCAGCCCCGCGAGUACAAGCUGGUGAUGCUGGGCGCCGGCGGGGUCGGCAAGAGCGCCAUGACCAUGCAGUUCAUUAGUCAUCGUUUCCCAGAGGAUCAUGACCCCACUAUCGAGGACGCUUACAAAAUCCGAAUAAGGAUUGACGACGAACCAGCCAACCUGGACAUUUUGGACACGGCAGGCCAGGCAGAAUUCACUGCCAUGAGAGACCAGUACAUGAGGGCGGGCGAGGGCUUUAUCAUCUGCUACUCGAUCACGGACCGCCGGAGUUUCCAUGAAGUGCGCGAGUUCAAGCAGCUGAUCUACCGCGUCCGGCGUACAGACGAGACCCCCGUCGUCCUCGUGGGAAACAAGUCUGAUCUGGCCCAGCUGAGACAGGUCUCCGAAGAAGAAGGCCUGGCCCUGGCCCGUGAAUUCAGCUGCCCCUUCUUCGAAACCUCCGCCGCCUUCCGCUAUUACAUCGACGACGUGUUCCACGCGCUCGUCCGGGAAAUCAGGCGGAAGGAGAAAGAAGCGGCCAUGGCGCUGGGGAAGAAAUGCAAGCCGCGGACCACAGUUUGGAAGAGGCUGAAGUCUCCCUUUCGGAAGAAGAAGAAUUCCGUGACGUGACCGGACGGACGCCUCCGACAGCAGCGGAAGAACUGCGGCCCAUCAGCGGACCAAAGUGAUGCUGGAGCCUCGGAUGUGUCGAUGCAAACUGUGCUAAUUGAACUAUCUCUGUGUUUUAAGAGUGCUCGGGGAAGCCGCUCCUUUGGGGAAUAACUUACCCCGGGAUCAAAGGUUGUCACGAUGUAACAGGCGUUUCGGACUUCAUCGACUGCCUCUUCCUGGAGAAGAUUUGGCAAAAAGAAAAAAAAAGUUGAACCAGAUAAUUGUAGAUCAGUUUUGCAGAGCUGUGCAGAAACGCAUAAGCAACUGGCUGGCUGGCUUAUACUUCAGAGUCGCCAAGUGGAACGGUCCGAUAUUUAUUCCCAGAAGGCUGUUGUCUGGCCACGUGAGGGUUCCUCCUGGUUCCGUUUCAGCAGGAUUUCCGAGGGUAGAAUUGAGCCUUCGUUCUGUUUGGGUGGUUGGCUCAAUCGAGCGUCACUUUUUCUUUUUCCCUUUUCCCGAAUAAUGAAAUGUAAUAAGGUGAACUUGAUGAAGGUUUUUGUCUACCGCGGGGGCUGGCGGAUUAAUAGAUUUUUAAAUGGGGGAGGGAAAUUCUGAGAGAAGGCAGGCCGCCGAAACAUCUUCCUUACUCACCACGUGUCUUUUCCCACUAAAACGUCUGGACUCACCUCAGAUGUCCUCAUGGGCAGGGCGGGGUGAAGGAUUUUUGUAAGCUGCAGUAAUUGUGGGAAACUGACGGCAAUGGCUGUGCAGUGCCAAGUGACGGUGACACAGGUUUCUUAGCGUGUUUUAUUUUCUGCAGUUGCUGGAAGUAUUCUCGAGCCAGUUUGGUGUGGUGGUUAAGUGCGCGGACUCUAAUCUGGGAGAA